GGAUUCUUUGUCCAAUAGGAAGGAAGGACGCCAUCGUCACUUCCGGCCCCUCCUGCAAACACAUGGUUACUAGCAGCUUAUAGCAAACUCGUCGAAAUGGUCCACAUUAGCAGGAUUUGCUUGCGGAAGUACGGAAACUUUGUGGACAAUCUUCGCCUGUAUGUCCGAGGAGGUGGAGGUGGCAUGGGUUUGCCCCGUCUUGGGGGGCAAGGAGGCAAUGGGGGGGAUGUUUGGGUAGUUGCAAAGAAUAACAUGACUUUGAAGAGAAUCAAGGACAAAUACCCUCUGAAACGUUUUGUGGGCGGAUCAGGAGGCAACAGCAGUGUACGAGCUCUGAAGGGGGAGAAAGGGACCGACGUGGAGGUCCCUGCUCCUGUUGGCAUUGCAGUUACCACUGAUGAUGGAAGAAUUGUUGGUGAUCUAAAUGAGGAGGGCGAUCGUGUCUUGGUGGCAAAAGGAGGUUCUGGAGGCUCCCUCUACUCUGCUUUUGAGCCCACAAAAGGCCAGGCUAAACACAUACGGCUUGACCUGAAGCUCAUUGCAGAUCUGGGGCUUGUAGGGUUCCCAAAUGCAGGAAAAUCAUCUCUCCUGGCAGCUCUAUCCAAUGCAACACCUCAGAUUGCAAGCUAUGCAUUCACAACUUUGAGACCUGAGAUUGGCAAAGUGAUGUAUCCAGAUUACAAGCAGAUUUCUAUUGCUGAUCUCCCAGGGUUGAUUGAGGGGGCUUACAUGAACAAAGGCAUGGGUCACAAAUUCUUGAAACACGUGGAAAGGACAAAGCAGCUCUUAUUUGUGGUGGAUGUUUGUGGUUUCCAGCUUGCAAGUAAAACACCUUUCAGGUCGGCUUUUGAAGCUGUGCAGCUUCUUAUCAAGGAGUUGGAGUUGUACAAAGAAGAGGUGGCGUCCAAGCCUGCUUUACUGGUUGUAAACAAGAUGGACCUUCCUGAUGCUGAAGACAAAUUAGCAGAGCUGAAGGAACAACUAAAGAACCCAGAAGAGUUUUCUGAUUUGCUGCCUGGUGACAUGAUACCGAAGAACUACAUGACCUUCCGACAUGUGGUCCCCGUUUCCGCCAUGACAGGGCUUGGAAUCGAUCAUUUGAAAAGCUGCAUUCGACAGUCUCUUGAUGAAGAGGCCACCCUGAAAUCCAGUGACGUACUUCGGGAAAAGCUGCUGAGACUUCGCUCGCACUAAAAGUUGUGAGAAACGUGGACUUUUUAUGUAAGCGGGCUGUCAGAAAAUAGCCAAAUGCCCAGCGGUGAGGAUGCAAGGAUUCCUUCUUUGGAAAACCUGGGACAAGAGACUCUAUCAUAUCUGAGGAAGAUGAGCGUGAGCCUUCUCAAUGAAACAGGGAGGAUGUCUUUCUGCACAAAAUAAAGAGUUUGAUAAGUGGACAACAAAAAAAGAAGUGCCAGAGACAGAUGUGUUGAUGAAAGUUUAUUUUUAUAUUAAAUAUAUUACAAUACUGAAUGAAUAAAAAGAGAAAAAAAUA